CGUGACCAGCACCUUAAGAAACAGGCAAGAGUGGACGAAAGAACCCAGAGAGAGAGAGAGAGAGAGAGAGAGAUGGCUUCGUUGCUGAAGAAUGCGUUGAAGACGAUUAGGGAGAAGGGCAUCGGAAAUGUCUUGAGGGAGCUCAGGGAAGAAGGAUACACGAAGUGCCUUUUGGAUGGAAACCUUUUGCAAACGAAAAUUCAUAACAUAGGUGGAACACUUGUGGGAGUUGAUAAAUUCGGGAAUAAAUAUUACGAGAAACUUAAGAAUACUCAAUAUGGAAGACACAGGUGGGUGGAGUAUGGUGACAAGGGCCGGUAUAAUGCAUCUCAGGUUCCACCAGAGUGGCAUGGGUGGCUCCACUUCAUCACCGACCGCACAGGGGAUGAGCUUCUGAUGCUGAAACCUAAGAGGUAUGGAAUUGAUCACAAGCAGAACUUCUCUGGGGAGGGUGAUGAGUUCAUUUACCAUUCCAAGGGACACACACUCAACCCUGGGCAGAGAGACUGGACUAGAUACCAGCCGUGGCAGCCUACCAAGACCUAAGAAUUCUUCUCUAAACGGCUCUUGGUACUUCAGAUUGUCUAAAACAUUGAGUCAAUGUAUUCUCUUUCUUCCAACCCUUUAGGAUAUGAAAUAAUAUGUCAGCACUUUGUUGGUUGUGCUGAUGUCCUGCAUAUUUUUCUCUGGAAGCGUAUGAACAUGUAAUAUGAUUUGUCGAUCGAUUG